AUGGCAUCUAGACUCAUCGCCGUCGUCGCUGGAGUCGGCCCCGGCACAGGAGCCUCAGUAGCCCGAAAGUUUGCAGAGACAUAUCCAGUCGUUUUGCUUGCGCGAAAGCCAGAAAACUUCGAAAGUCUCGCAAAGGAGAUCAAUUCCAAGGGAGGCAAGGCCAUCGGCAUCAGCGCGGAUGUGUCGGACUUGACGAGCUUGAAGAACGCUGUUGAUACUAUCAAAAAAGAAUUCGGAGAUGAUGUUGGCGCCGCUGCAGCAAUCUUCAACGCAUCUGGCGGCUUCCUCCGCAAGCCGUUCCUCGAGGUCCCCCCAGAGGUCUUCCAGCAGUCCUUUGCUGUCAGUGCUACAGGAGGCGUGCUGUUCUCUCAAUCCUUUCUUCCUCUCUUGCUCAAUGGCGUGAAGCAGAAGUCUCAGCACCCACCUAGCCUGAUCUUCACAGGCGCUACUGCCUCCGUCAAGAGCAAUGCACAGAUGGCGAGUUUCGCGACGGGUAAGUGGGCGCUGAGAGCGCUGAGUCAAUCUUUGGCGAGGGAGUUUGGGCCGCAGGGCGUGCAUGUGUCGCAUGCGAUUAUUGAUGGAGUGAUUGAUAUUGAGAAGACUAAGGGGUAUAACUUACCGCCGGAGGCAAAGUUGAGCGCUGAUGGGAUUGCAAAUGAUUACUGGUGGCUUCACACACAGCCGACGACAAACUUUACCUGGGAGAUUGAUCUCAGGCCGGCUGUCGAGAAAUGGUAA